GAGGAAGAAACGAUUAAUAUUUGACGGCACUUACAGAUGAUGUUACCCACUUCACUAAGACCUAAUGACCGAAAAUGCACUUCGCAUGCCCGCCCUUGCGCUGGUGGAAUCCGUGGCACCAAUGGAACCGCGAAUUCCACCAACGAAGAGAUGGUCUGCACCACAUGCGGCCCAUGUGUUCGCCUCACGCCGGCAAGAGAAAUGUACUACGAGAAAGAUCGCGGGGCUGAGAUAACUAAGCCGACUGAGCGAUAAGCCGAAGGACGGGAGAGGGGCUGGAAGAGCAAAUAAAAGACUAGGUUUUCAUUUGCGGUGGCGGCAGUGCUCGCCGUGCGUCGGCGGGUUCACGCACAGCUCCAGUGGAGCAAAUCAGGUAUUCGGUUUCCGGACGGCCCGCGAGCCCGCUGACGCGGAAGGUCUCGUCGUGCGUCGCGAUGUGUGGUGCGCGUUUACGUCACUCGGUUUUGCUUUUCUUUUAACCCUCAGUAACAGGCCUUGUUGCCACUUGGCGCACCGAAACUGUCGCAGCCGCCGGAGAAGGGGCCAGGCUGGCCAAGCGUGCGCGAAACGUGUGCGCAGUAGGCGCUGCUGCGUCUGUUGACUGCUGGUCGGUCCUGCGAGCGCUUACUGGGCCCAAGGGACGGGUUCGUGGGACGCGCUUUCUCCGGGCCAGGACGACUCCCGGCGGGGUUGGACCCGAAGGAUGAGCAAGCCGAAAAGCAACAACCACUACGACCCAAAGAUAGCGGGACUCUACGAUCUGGGCGAUACUCUGGGCAGAGGCCAUUUUGCGGUGGUGAAGCUCGCUCGGCAUGUGUUCACGGGCGAGCAAGUGGCCGUCAAGGUGAUCGACAAGACCAAGCUGGACGACGUGUCCCGGGCCCACCUGUUCCAGGAGGUGCGCUGCAUGAAGCUGGUGCAGCACCCCAACGUGGUGCGCCUCUACGAGGUGAUCGACACCCAGACCAAGCUGUACCUCAUCCUUGAGUACGGAGACGGCGGCGACAUGUACGAUUACAUCAUGAAGCACGACCACGGCGUCGACGAGCAGGCGGCUAGGAAGUACUUCCGACAGAUUGUGCACGCCAUCUGGUACUGCCACAAACUGCACGUCGUGCAUCGCGACCUCAAGCCGGAGAACGUGGUCUUCUUCGAGAAACUCGAGAUGGUCAAGCUGACCGACUUUGGCUUCAGCAACAAGUUCUGCCCGGGACAGAAACUCGAGACGUCGUGCGGUUCCUUGGCCUACUCGGCUCCGGAGAUCCUGCUGGGCGAUUCGUACGAUGCGCCCAAAGUCGAUGUCUGGAGCCUGGGAGUGAUACUGUACAUGCUUGUCUGUGGCCAUGCCCCUUUCCAAGAAGCGAAUGACAGCGAGACCCUCACUAUGAUUAUGGACUGCAAGUACACCAUACCCCCCUAUGUCUCCGAGGAAUGCAAGAGGAUGAUUGCUCGCAUGCUUAUCCGAGACCCGGACAAACGUGCGACACUGGAAGAGAUGGCAGCAGACCCCUGGCUACUGGCUGGAGACACUCCUCAGCCCGCAGAUCACUUGCCCCUCAUACACAGGGAGCACUUGUCAGAAGAGGACCACUCGCACAUCGUCCAGAAGAUGGUCAACGGCUGCAUUGCGACCAAGGACGACAUUCUUGAGGCACUGGACCGCAAUGACUACAACUACAUGACUGCCACCUAUUACCUGUUGGCCGAACGGAAGCUCCGGGCUCAGCGCCAGGAGAAGGCCCAGCAACUCAAUAGGACUUCCAGGGCCGACCUGUCUCCCGUUGCCGUCACACCUGGCGUGUCGUCAGCCACACCUUCGCCUGCGCAAGAGCACCCGAGCAUCUCUCUGGCCUCUCCAAAUGUUCUGCCCAGCAUCUCCCUGGAGUCUUCCCCAAUGCACCCGCUCACCUCUGCGGUGGCAGCCCCGCCGUCCAGCCUAGUCGACGCCUCCUCGCUAGCCGUGCCCCGGUCCAAUCUUCCACUGGGCCGCAAGUGCAGUAUUGUGCGCGAGGAAGACGACCUGUCGUCCCUCGUGCCCUGCCAGGGCCACUCACCGCCCACUCGCGCCGCCGUCUUCUCUGAGGAGACCGAGGAGGCUGCAGAAGAGGCCAGCGAGCGUGCUGUGCGGCCCGCCCUGUCCCUGCCCGCCACUGCCCCUCACGGCGAAAACUGCUCCCAGCACCAGUCUCCCGCUGCUAGGCUGCGCUGCGUUCCAGGGCGGCGUCUUCACGCCGUCAAGAGCUCGCCGCAACUCCUGGCCGGUACAGUGGGAGACCCCAGGCGGCCCGGUGUUGCCAAGCUCCGGAUGCAUGUAGCCGGCCGCAACCGCACCACCAGCUGCAGCAGUUCAGACGACGACGGCGACGGUGACAAGAGGAGGGCGCCUCCGCUGCCUUCGGCCAAAGAAGGCGACCUCCAGGCCAGCCCCACGAUGCCCGGACUCGCCACAGGCCACGACGAGGGCUACUCAGCGGACAGCACCGACAGCCUCGACAUCCUGCCCGACCCCUCGCCACGCCUCACCAACUCAGUCUCGUGCGGGGACUUGACCAUGGAGUCUCCCGCGGCUAGGGACGUGGUGCCCGUACAGUGCGCCGACGUGGUGCUCGUUGAAGACGCCGUGCCGGCCGAGACAACCCGGAUCUCCAACAGCUUCAGCUUGGCCGCAGGCCUGAGCUGCCUGGGGCGCAGGUCGAGCCGGGAGGAGGUGCGCAGCAGCAAGCCCCGCCUGGGCUGCAGUCUGGCCAAACUCGUGCCCAAUGGCAGCCGGAGCGGCACCAGCUCCAGCGGAGGGGCCCUCAAGUCCCAGCUGGACAUCAACCAGAAUGGGUUUCGCAAAGGGCGCACCAAGAACCAGUCUGGCGUGGUGGACGUCAAAAUGGCCUCCAAGUGCUGCACACUCUGCUGAAGCACUCUCCCUCUUGCACCCGAGAAUACUCAAUGCCGCAGAGGACACAUUCCUGGGUACUUUCGGUGGUGUUCGCGCGGGGAACUCGUUUCCAAGCUCGUAAGCUCACCACGGUGGCCUGCAUGUCGACACGUCCCACUCUGCAGCUGUGGCCAAACCGAGCGUUGGGGCUCAAAGUUCACUGCCAAAGCGACUACUGCACUUUGGAAGGGAGCAUCUCUCAAAUGCAGCAAAGUAGACAGACUGGGCCCAAAGCAGCCCUGCCUUAGUACAAACACCCUUCAUUUUGUUCCCCGACAAAGCUGCAUAAAAAAAACAUGGCGCGAGCUUGAAGCCCCAACACUGCAUUCCGGCCGUUUACAGUGUGCAGUGGACGCAGCGUCCGUAGAACUAAUUGUUGCCAAGCUAUGAAGGGACGUCCAAGCUGGUUUUAUCUUGUUUGUGGCAAAGCCACGUGUUACUUCUUUUUAAAAGGGGAAAAAAAAAAAAAUAAACCCUGCCCUGUACAUAAUAGAACUGAGCAAGUCAAGUUUGGGGAGCCACUAAUGCAGGACGACUCGUCUCCACAAAGCAAACCACAGCUGGCCACAGUUCAUUGUCUCGUAAUUGUCGUCCGUCGUGUGCAUUUUUCUUGCUGUGGUUACUGAUUGCGCAUUUAACAUGGAUGAGAAAGCAGGAUAAGCCCCCUAAGAGGGGCAGCCUAGUGGCAGACGUUUAGUUAGUUUUCUAAACGAAGGAAGCCAAGGAAGAGAACUGCCCUCUAACAAAUAGAGUACUAGUUGCUCUUGUGUAUAUAACAAAAGGGAAAAAAGUAAAGCAUUAUGCUCUUUCAAAUCUCGCGCAUUAUCAGGGGUCAGUGCGUCCUCCUGCAGUCGGGUACGCAACAACCACUUUAUCACCGUCAUUCUGGAAAGCUUACAGCGGUUAUUUAUUUUACUUUCUUAGUGUUGUUUUGUCAGUGUAGGUG